UCUGCCGAACGGGGAACGGGGGUAGUCUUGUGUCUUGUUAUGUCUUGUGCCGGCUUUUCAGUAUCGGUCGCGAAUAGUGUCGUCGGGUUCGAGAAGGCGUUAUCGUGAUAAGCGCGAUCUACGAAAUAUCAUCGUAGCUCUUGCCGGUCAAAUCGCGUCCGCGAUCCGAGAUCUUUCGUUUUGUUAUAUCUCUUACCAAAUGUUUCUCGAAAUUUUGUUAACGCAGUCAUGUCUGCAAUUGAAUUGGAGAAUGUUUUGCAGCAGAUAUUUAUGGAAUGCGACGCAUCUAUGUCGGUUUCGACGCCGGAUUCGACUAUAUCUAUAGGUGACGAGGUGCCAGUCUUCAAGAUCGUCCAAUACAUUCAGGACCAAUUGCCGACUUGGUCAAUUGACGACCUGGCAGAAUUUUGGAAAUGUUUGGCCGCUGUUUCGUCGGACGAUCGUGUGAACAUGUGGCAAUUCAAAGAGGCGACUAAGUGCUGGAUCACCAAAAUGCAACAGAUACAAUCUUCGCAGGAUGACAAUAACAACGCGCGGGAAAAACUCUACCUCGUGAGCGACACAGAUUUGUCGAUGAAAGAUAUGGACAUAAAUAGAGACAUCGUAGAAUUCGAACUUCGCGCAAAACUUCGAGAACUUCACGAGGAGAAUAUCUUCCUUCGCGAAGAGCUCGAACGGCAUGAGACAUCAAUCGACAAUUUAAAACAGCAAUGUAACAUUGCUGAGAGACAACUAGAUCGUUACGUUCAGAAAUGUCAACAACUCGAAAAAGAGAACGACGAGCAGAGAGAUCAUUUAAACGAGGCAAUUAAAAACGGAAAGGCUACGGCCUUGACUCUGCAAAGAUGUACGAAAGAGCAGCAAAAUUUGUCGAGGCAAUUGGAAGCUGCAGAGAUUGAGGUACAAGCUAUACCAUUUUUAAAAUGUAAAGUCGAAAAAAUUAGCAAAGAAAAAACGGACUGUAUAAAACAGAUUGCAAGAUUGCAAGAGAAAUUUGAUGAAACGGAAAACGAGUGUAAACAAUUAAAAGUCACGAUAGCCGAACUGGAAGAAAUAAAUAUUAAAAUGAGGGAGACCUACGAUCAAAGGAUUCAUGACCUGCGUGAAAGGAAUUGUCAACUUACAGAGGAGAACACGGAACUGCAAUCGUUGUCGAUUUUAAAUAGAUAUUCUUCCGGAGAAAGACUUUCGAUAUCGCCAAUACCCGACAUAGACGGAUGCUGCACACAUAGUACACCUUAUAAAUCAAGAAAAGUACUGCUGCAAGAUUCAUUAUAUGCGGAACUAAAAGCUUCAGGCUUUGUAGCCGAAUGCAGCAGAUAUGACUUGUAUAGACAAGAACUGGAUGAAUAUGACGCUGCCAUUUCGACGAUAUCGGAACAGCUGGAAAAAGUUAUACAGAUUUUCGGUAAAAUGCGAAGCUCCAUCAACGACAUAUCUCAGUUUAGCUCGCAGGACAUGGAUGCGGCAACUUGCAAUAUAGAGACAUUGAAACACAAAGUGGCUCUUCUACUGAAUAUGGCCACCGAAGAGAUCACGAAGAAGAGCACUAAUGAUUCGAGCGUGCAGCUUCGAGCUGACCCGGCGAAUGGACUGAGCGACGAUUUGGAUCAAUUUGGCGUCAUGGGUUUCCAAGAUCUGUUGCUGACACGCGCCCAGCCAUAUACAAAAACGGAGAGAGAUCUACGCUCGAUAACUUUGUGUAACAAUAACAAAGAUCAUCAUGAUGACUUAUUCUCGAGAGUUAUAAAAGCGAAAAACGCGGACCCCCAAAAUCGAUUGCGCAUCGAACCCAUCAUCGAAGAAUUACGUGACAUCAUAGAGAGUGCUCUUGUCAGUCACAGAAAUUAUUCAUCAUUCGGGAAUUCAAGGUAUCGAUCGGUGUACACAUUGCCAUCGCAAUCUCUUUCGCAAUCACCUUCGCUGAUCGCGGAAGACUCGAGGGAGCACACAUUCAACUGUCAGAAUUCAAGAACAAAUUCUCCCGAUGCUUCCUUUGCGCGAGGAGAUUUUUCUUUAAUGCGAGAAAACUGCGACGAGAAAUCAUUUGCUACGGAACCGCACGGCAUUUCCGGCAAAGAAAAUCUGACUCCGAAUCGAUCGAGUGAAAUGCCGAAAGUAUUAAGCGUCCUGCAAAUGGAUUCGACGGCGUUACCAGCCACAUCAGAGGAGGAAAAGACGAGCACUAAAAUUGUUCAAGAAAUAAUCGGCACGAGCAACCUGACAAGUCCUCAAAGAAAAAUUUCAGUCUAUUGUCGUCCCUUUGACGUGGUAACGGUGCAGGACUCAUGCGAGAAUCUUCAAAGAUCUAAUUUGGAAAUCAGACAAUCCUCGAAUAAUUCGGACGAUUCUUCCGCGCGAAUCGACGAGAGGCUCGAUCCAGAGAUUGUCGCGGAAAAUCGAAAUAACACGCCUAGGUAUCCGUUCAGUUAUAACUAUCGCAACAUGAAGAACAACAGCGAUUCUUCGAAUGACUCGUCGCCACAGAAACAAUUCCGGGAUAAUCUAUUGGAAGAUGAAUCGCCAAUUGAACAGCCGAUACUUAGAAAAGUUUAUUUAGCGCCCACGCGCCUGAGAUUUUCACAGGAAGUUAAGAAAAAAUUAAACGAAACCGCUUGCGCCCCCUCCGAUUCCACCGAACCGAAUAUUUCGAACGCUCUUCUGUCCCCUAUCGUUGACAAUGGAUGCGAGGAAGAUGACGUUGCUUUGCACUCGUCUGCGACAUUCAUUAUAGACAAAUGCGAAACAGAAAUAGAGAAUGGGAUACUUAAAUCGUGUUCGGCGAACGAAAAUUUUCUUCAAGAAUGUCCAACAUCAGCUCGUUGUUUAUUUCCAUAUAAUCAUUCCGAUUCAAGGAAGAUUACAGAUUCAGGGAAUCCCCACUUUCAGGCGAGCGUGCAAAGAGUUGAGAGUGAGCCGCGAGUCGAACGGUCAGUCGAUGGCCAAAUGUCGAGUCGUGAAGACAGUUCGGAUAGCGAGUGCGAGCCGGCGGCGGAAUCCAGUGAUCGAUGCAUCGACGAGAAAGUUGAUGAAGCGGCUAAUGCCGCCUCGUCCACAUCAUUGAACAGUCCGGCUUCCGCGAAGAUAGUGCCGUGCAAGAGCGUGGCGCAAAAAAAUACGAAAACAUGCGACAGAGACGUGUUGAAUGCGAAAUAUGAGAAACGACAGCGAUUUUUAUUUGCCAGAAGAUCAUUCUCGGAGAGUGAAAGCAGCGCACGAUCGAGGUGUCGUUGCAGGCACCAAGAAAGCGCGCCUUUGAUUCCGGAAGAUCAAUGCAGAGUCUUUCCGAGUCUCACAGACAUUCGUCUUCAAGAAUCCGGAAUAGCCAAUUUAUCGGACACAAACAGCAGGGAGAAUCUAAGCGAGCUCGAACUGCAGAAGAGGUAUACAGUGUUUUCGCUAUGCCUCUGCAUAGAUAGGGUGACUAUAUCGCGAAGGGUAGCAAUGUCGCUUCGGCAACGCGAUCAAUCGGAGAGAAAUCUCUCCUGCGAGGUGCAAAAGAUGCUGCAAGACAUCCAGGAUCUUGCGCCACUAUGCACGGACAGGGAAUCGGUGGAGCGGGUGGAACUGGUCAGACAUCAGUUGGACAUGAUUGUGCGAUGUGCGCACAGGGUAUCCUGCACAGCCGAGACCAAAGGUGCUGUUUACCAAGAGCAUAGAGUUUCCCAGGCCAUACAACUGGCUGACAGAUAUCUUCAAUUGCUGCAGUCUCGAUGCGAGAAACUGAUUGCCGAUGUCGCUGAGACUAAACGGAUCCUAAUAGAGAACAAUAUAGUGAUAGAGGAGAACUCCGGCGAACUUUGCGACGAUCUGCCCCGGAUCAGAUACAGGAGCGGUACACCCGUCAAUAAUCGUAUGAUGAUGGCUAGGAGAAGAGCUAGCGUAGCCACAAUGUCUCGACCAAUUGGCAGCACACAGGAUGUGACAAAGGAUACCGUAAGGCAGCGAAACUCAGUUUCCGGACGUAUGACUCUCAGGAGACCAUCUUUCAACUCUGAAUCCCCAAAGUGGGAGAUCGAGAAACUGGAUCGUACCGAUUCUAAUAGCAUGAGCGAAUUACGUGGUAUCUUCGAGCAGGCCGAAUCCCGUCGUGAUUCAAGGGAGGAAAAUAAUAACAAAUUACGACUGAGCCAUUCCAAUAGCCAAAAUAUAAUGAAUUGCGUUGCCGACAGCGAGAUUUGGACAAGUACGGAACAGCAAACUUUUGAAUUCUUCGCUGACGACGAAGAUGUAAAUUUAGAUGCUAAAUCAUAUACAAGAUCGUCGCAAUAUUUCCUAAAAAGUAUACCAUGGCGUACAGUGUUAUGGAGUAUUAUUAUCUUCUUUCUCGGCUUUUUCGUGAAUCAAAUAAUGGUGAAUGCUUGCAACGGUCCAUUACAUGGAUGGUCGAUCGAACAUAUUCUCAGCAAAUAUAUUUAUAAAAUAACAAACGCGGCGCCUCACCCGAUGUAAAUUUUGUGAUGUUUGCGCAAUGUAUAGUUUGUGUAUCGGUAAAAUAAGAUUAAGUGUACACUGUAACAUAUGUCAAUGAUAAAAAGGCUGAAUAAAUUAAUAAAUGUAAAAUUUA